AUGCGAUCAUUUAUGGUAAUCAUUGGUCUUCUUAUCAUAUUUAUUCAAUGUGAGAUAAGUCAUAGUCAAUUACCUCAAGGAUUUGUCUAUCUCAAUACAAUUGUACCCGAUAUACAAACUAAACUAAUGAGUCGUGAACAACAAUCACCUGAAAGUCUAUCUCGUUUUCAUGAACAACAAUCACCUGAAAGUCUAUCUCGUUUUCAAACACAACAGACUUCACGUUUUCCAUCAUCUGGAUUAUCACGUUUUGGCAAUGGACUAAACGUAUCAGAUACAAAUACUGAUGAACCAGCUAAACAAGAUGAGGUUAUACCUGUUGUUCAACCGAUAACGUCGCGUUUUCUUGCAGAUUCGGAAACAUUGGACACAUUAAGAAAGAAAGCAAUUGUCAAAGAAUAUAUACCAAAAAGUGACCGUGAUAUCGAAUUGCCUGCUUUGAGAAGUUUAUUUAUUGAAUCAUUUGAUGAUUUUUAUAAAGAAAUUGAACCACGAUUACAGUUACGUUCAGACACAACAUUGCGUAAUUGGCUCAAUGAAACAUUUGAUGAAAUGCAAGAAGAAAUGGUUAAAAAAAAAAGUCGAGUUUUUCUUUUAACAACAGGUACAUCAGUAUCCAAUAUUCUGGGUUUUAUGCAAAUUAAAGAAGAAAAUGAUACAAAUACCGUUUAUAUAUCGCAAGUGGCUGUUCAUGCUAGUUUAAAACGAAAAGGAUUUGGUGGACUACUUCUUCAACAUUUGUUAAUGGUAUACCCAACUGGAAAAACGUAUACCGGGCUUUGUCGACGAGCCAAUGAUCCAGCACUUCAGUUUUAUAUUAAAAAUGGUGCUGUUAUUAUGCCCGAUGAUGUGGUUGCUCAAAAGUAUGGAUAUGAUCCAGUUAAAUAUCUUGGAUUUCAAUAUGUCGAUAAAACUGAAAGACCUUCGACAUCAACAGCGACACCAGCAGCACCAAGUCACUUAGAAAACCCAGCUGAUGCGUGA